CUGGUUUCUUUGAAACUCUCUUUCAGUCUUUGCAAUAAUGUUGUCGCAGCAAGUGCUGCAUCUGCCACCCCAGAAACUGUUCCUCUCUUGUUCCCCUCUCAAUGUUAGAAAAAUCCCAUCUUUUGUGAAUUGUAAAAUUGGGUAUGGUCAUAGUUUCUUAACAGUAAAUGCACUAAAGUUGGAUGAACUUCCCCCAAAUGCACUUCGGAGGAAGAGAGAGCCGCAAUGGAGAGGAGGUUUCAGCCUUGGCCUUGACUUGGGAUUGGCUCGCACUGGUCUUGCCCUAAGCAAAGGCUUCUCCAUUCGCCCCUUAACCGUGUUGGAACUGCGAGGACAGAAGCUUGAGGUUCAGAUUAUUAACAUUGCCGAACAAGAGGAGGUUGAUGAGUUUAUAAUUGGGCUUCCAAAAUCUGCUGAUGGGAAGGAAACACCUCAGUCAAACAAAGUCAGAAGUGUUGCUGGAAGGCUUGCUGUUCAAGCUGCUGAAAGGGGUUGGAGAGUAUAUCUACAAGAUGAACAUGGGACAACAUCAGAAGCCAUGGAUCGAAUGAUCAACAUGGGUUUGAGUAAGUCCUGUCAACAAAAGAAACUUGAUGCCUUUGCUGCCAUGAUGGUACUGGAGAGAUAUUUCUCCACUUCAGGUCAGGGUACUGAACUUGUUCUGCCCAAAAAUCUAGAAUUACAAGCAAAACUUCAAAGGGGUCCUCCCAAAGAUGUUGAUUUUUUCUCUGACGAAGAUUAAUCUCAGAAUGCUUGCCUGGCAAGGGUUGAUAACAUAUCGUGCAGCAGCUUACUUGUGUGUACUAUUCCUUCAUGUUGAUAGAUUGCAAUUAUGCAUGAGAAGGUUUUGAGAAAAAAAGAAAGAUAUUCCAGCAAGCUGUGAUCAUGAUGAAGGAUUUAGAUUUUAGAUCAUGAAUUGAAAUUAUUGUAAAAGAGUGCAGAUAAAUGAAAUGGGGAAAUAGAGUAAAAGUUUAAUGGAAGAAAAUAGUACUUUGGUUGAA